AAAGCGAAACCGUCGCAGCUCGUCUCGAAAGCGCAUUUCAGAAUUCUUGUCUCGAAAUUAGAAUCUUAUUCGUUGUGAUUUUAUUCCGUCGGCUUCAUCGUGAUUCGGCGCAUUGAAAGUGUCUGUUUAUUUCUACUGUUGUAGAAACUGGCAUGCAGUUGAAGUUUACCAAAACAGUGGGUAACAGUGAAAUUUCGUGACUAAUUGUGGAGUUUUUGAGUAUUGAGUAAGCAGUAAGGAAUUGGUCGGAAAAGUGGAGCCACCUGAUGACGUUUGAAGAUUUCUGCGGAGGUCCCUUUUGGGACGACACUUUAACAUGGCGACCAGAAGACCCCGAUCUAACAUUCUGCUUCCAAAGAGUAAUCCUGCAAUGGGUUCCGUGCUUUUUCUUGUUUGUGUUUUCCAUUUAUGAAGCGUACAGGAUAGCAACAAGUCACUAUCGGGAUAUCCCGUGGAACUGGAUUAACUGCUCUAAAAUGGUUGUUUCAUGUAUUUUGAUGAUACUUUCCUGGAUCGAUUUAGGAAUGGUUGUCAACUAUCACAAUCAAGCGGAUGUAUUCGACGUUCAAAUUCUCGUAGCAAUCUUCAAUGCGAUAGCUUAUAUCACUACCAUUGCGCUUUAUUACUUCUUCCGUAAGUACGGUAUUCGUACCUCAGGAACGAUUUUCAUCUUUUGGUUCCUCAAAGCUUUCUUCGGAAUCAUACAAAUGAGAACGGAGGCAAUGAAGCACGCCCAGCGGGACUCCCCGAUUGGUUCAAGUGACACCGUAAUCUUCGCCGAAUAUCAAUUUGUUAGUUACACACUGCAGUAUUCCCUCAUCUGUCUGAUGGUCCUAAUAGAAACCCUACCGGAUCAAGCGCCACGCUAUAGUGACUUUCCGAAGAUGAAAAAUCCGAGUCCGGAACUCAAAUCAAGUUUCUUCGUCAAAUUGCUGUACAUGUACUUCGAUGCGUUCACCUGGCGAGGAUUCCGGAAACCAUUGACCGAUGACGAUAUAUACGAUCUCAAUCCGGAUGACACAUCCCGCGAACUUGUCCCACCUUUCGAUAAGUACUGGUACGAGAGUGUCGAAAAGGGACGACGCAAACAGAUGGCUACCGACAAAAAGGCUGGCAAGGUGAAUCCGGUUUACAAACCGCAUUCAGCGACCAACGGGUCGACUCUACCGGCAAUGGUUAAAGCGUAUGGUGGACCGUUUUGGUUUGCUGGAAUGCUACAGUUUUGUAUAUCUGGCUUACAGUUCGCCUCACCUUAUCUUAUGCAAGAGCUGAUGGGAAACAUUGCGAUGAAUGGACCGUUUUGGUUGGGCAUGAUGAUCACUUUCGCACUAUUUUUAAACUCUUUCCUGAUAGCUCUAUUUAACGGACAGUACUUCCGGAAGACUUUCUUGGUUGGAUUUAGAAUUCGCACCGGGCUGAUCAGUGCUAUUUAUCGUAAAGCUCUGCGUAUUUCUAGCUUGGCUAAGAAGGAUACAACAGUGGGAGAAAUUGUUAAUUUGAUGGCCGUGGACGCACAACGGUUCUUCGAGUUGGUUCCCUAUUUACAUGUGCUUUGGUCUGCACCGUUGAUCAUCGCACUUUGUAUUUACCUUUUGUACGAGAUUUUAGGCCCAUCCGUGUUUGCCGGACUGGGAGUCAUGGUGAUCAUGAUCCCUCUCACUGGGUAUAUAGCAAGUAAACUGAAAAAUCUACAAGUUGAGCAAAUGCGUAUCAAGGAUGAACGAGUCAAGAAAAUGAACGAAAUUUUAAGUGGCGUUAAAGUGCUCAAACUGUAUGCCUGGGAGCCCAGUUUUGAGAAGGAUAUUGUCAACGUACGUGUGGAGGAAAUCAGAAUUUUGAGAGGCAUGGCAUACUAUGGAGCAGCUACGUUUUUCGUGUGGAGUAUGGCACCUUUCCUGGUCACGCUGGCUUCGUUCACUGUUUUUGUUCUGGUAGACGAAAACAAUGUGCUCGACCCACAAACGGCAUUCGUUUCGUUGGCUCUGUUUAAUAUUCUACGCUUCCCGCUUGCUAUGUUUCCGAUGAUGAUCACCUUUGCGAUGCAGGCUUGGGUGUCGGUCAAGAGAAUUAACAAAUUCAUGAACAGUGAAGAGAUAGAUCCAAACAAUGUGACUAACAACCGAAGCGAAAAUGCACUGUUAAUUAAGGAAGGUACUUUUACCUGGGGAGAUGAGACACCAACGUUGAAGAACAUCAACCUAGCUGUGAGCAAGGGUAAACUUUCUGCGGUGGUCGGAAGUGUUGGAACAGGAAAAAGCUCGCUGAUAUCCGCCUUGUUGGGAGAGAUGGAAAAAAUUAAAGGCACAGUCAAUACAGAUGGGCGAAUUGCGUUCGUGCCGCAGCAGGCGUGGAUUCAAAAUGCGACGCUUCGAGAGAACAUUCUUUUUGGGAGAGUGUUUGACGCACAGAAAUACGAUCGUGUUCUCGAAAGUUGCGCUUUGAAACCCGAUUUGGCUAUGCUUCCCGGUGGGGAUACAACGGAAAUCGGUGAAAAAGGAAUCAAUUUAUCAGGUGGACAAAAACAGCGAGUUGCCUUAGCCAGAGCAGUGUACGCCGAUGCGGAGAUCUACCUAUUCGAUGAUCCUCUCAGUGCAGUUGACGCUCAUGUUGGUAAACACAUUUUUGAAAAAGUAAUUGGACCACAAGGAAUGCUGGUUGGCCGGUCACGGCUCCUGGUCACUCAUGGAAUAUCCUUCCUACCGUACGUGGAUGAAAUUUUCGUCAUGAAGGAUGGCGAGAUCUCGGAAAGUGGUACCUACAAGCAACUGAUCGAUCAAAAGGGUGCGUUUGCCGAAUUCUUAAGUCAGCAUAUACAAGAACUGGAUGAAGAGGAUGAAGAGCUGCAAAUCAUUCAGGAAGUUCUGAACGAUGAUGUCACUCGAAACAUUGUCCAGCGGGCGAUGUCCGUUCGAUCAAACAAGUCUGACGGAAAUGGAGGAAGUAAACGUAAGAAAAAGGUUAGCCGCCAAGAAUCUCGUAAUAGUAACAAACCCCUGGAGCCGAAAGCGGCGGCGGCAGUAGGAACUGUUCUUAUUGAAAAGGAGGAAUCUGCCACGGGAGGAGUUAGCUACUUAGUCUAUAUAAAGUACUUCAAAGCCAUAGGAUGGAAUUUAGCAUUCUGGUCCAUUUUCUUCAGCAUACUCAAUCAAGCGUCGGCAAUGUAUGGAAGUGUUUGGUUAUCGGACUGGUCUGAGGAUCCGGAAGCUGCCACUGAUUCAUCUGUGCGUGAUAUGUAUCUUGGUGUUUACGGUGGCCUUGGUGGAGUACAGUCACUUGCUUUGCUCGUUGCAUCGAUUACAUUAGCACUAGGGUGCUUAAAGGCAGCCAACACGAUGCACAACAAUUUGCUGGAAAGCACUCUACGAAUGCCGAUGUCUUUCUUCGACACCACACCACAAGGCCGUAUAAUGAAUCGCUUCUCCAAAGACGUAGAUGUGGCAGAUAACACACUUCCUAAUUCAAUUCGAAUGUGGUUGUUGAUGUUUUUCAAUGUCAUUGGCGUGUUUAUCAUGAUCGGCAUUUCUACUCCUAUUUUCUUAGCAACUGUUCCGGUAUUCCUCAUCAUUUACUACAUAAUCCAGAGACUCUACAUCGCCACUUCUCGUCAAUUGAAACGUCUGGAGUCAGUCACCCGAAGUCCGAUUUACUCACAUUUCGGCGAAAGUAUCACUGGUCAAUCGACCAUCCGUGCCUAUGGUGAACAGGAACGUUUCACGAGAGAAUCUGAGCAACGCGUGGACUAUAACCAGAUGAUGUCGUAUCCUAGCAUAAUUGCAAACCGUUGGUUGGCGAUUCGAUUAGAGAUUGUUGGAGCAAUAGUCGUGUUCUUAGCAGCACUGUUUGCCAUGUUAAGCCGUGAAACUAUCGGAGCAGCGAUGGUAGGAUUAUCAAUCACGUAUGCACUAAAUAUUUCCACCGUCCUAAGUUUUCUAGUGCGGAUGACCGCUGAAGUAGAGACAAAUAUCGUAGCGGUUGAACGUUUGGAAGAAUACACUGUACUACCUCGAGAAGCAGACUGGAACAGAGGAACGGUUGAUAAAUCCUGGCCAGAUCACGGAAAAGUGGACUUUGCUGACUUCAAAAUUCGUUACCGGGAAGGGUUGGAACUUGUGAUUCGGGGUAUCACAUUGAGUGUCCAAGGUGGAGAGAAAAUUGGUAUAGUAGGCAGGACGGGUGCAGGCAAAUCUAGUCUGACUUUAGGAUUGUUCCGUAUAGUGGAAGCAGCUGGCGGUCAGAUCAUAAUCGAUGGUUUGGACAUCUCCCAGAUGGGACUUCAUCAGCUGAGAAGUCGUCUUACCAUAAUACCCCAAGAUCCUGUACUUUUUUCGGGAUCGCUACGUAUGAAUGUGGAUCCGUUCCGAAGCUACUCGGACGAUCAAGUUUGGAAAGCUCUGGAAUUGUCUCAUUUGAAAUCGUUUGUUAAAGGGUUGGCGGCAGGUUUAGAGCACGAAAUAGCGGAGAAUGGUGAAAAUCUGUCAGUUGGUCAACGGCAACUGAUUUGUCUCGCGAGAGCCAUCCUUCGAAAAACCAAGGUACUAAUACUGGAUGAGGCGACGGCGGCAGUCGAUUUGGAGACCGAUGAUCUAAUCCAGAAAACAAUUCGAUCGGAAUUCGCCGAUUGUACCAUUCUGACCAUUGCCCAUCGACUGAAUACAAUUUUGGACUCGGAUCGCGUGUUGGUGCUCGACAAGGGUCUCGUAGCUGAAUGUGAUAGUCCGCAGAAGUUGUUAGCAAAUAAGAACACUAUAUUCUAUAGCAUGGCGAAGGAUGCGGGAAUCGUGAGUUAAACAGACACUAGGGAUUGGAAUCUCGACUGGGGAAACAGAGUAGUAUAUUUUCGAUUCCAAAACAUACAUACAAACAUACAAACUGACGUUUCCAAUCACAAACUACAUGCUAGCAUAGUAUAAGCUGAGAGGCCUUCGACAGAGGUUUACUACUUAGUUUGACCAGUUUAGUUUUAUGUUUAAAUUUUUAUGCACAUAAUAUUAGUAAUUAUUUUGUUGACGAAUAAAGUCCGAAAUUUUAUUUAACUUUCUGCCAUUUUCUUAAAUCUAGGUAUGAAACGGCAAAACGGGAAAGACAAAAGACGUUAUACCUCAAACGAAGCAAAAGUUUUUAAUUUUCAAAAUUCAAGUUUUUAUUCGACUUUCAUAAAAUGUUCAUGGUUUAAAAAAAAACAAUGAAAUUUAUUUUUGCAUUA